AUGUUUUUGAAUCUCAAUGCUACGCUACCUGAUCAUCCCCAGAUUGAUGGAGCUCAGCAAAGCAAUAGAAAAAAGCAUGGAGCCAAGAUCCCCCGAUUGUCAUAUACGCAAGUCAUUGAUGACUCGAGCGUCGAGAACCUUCGAGACUGCACUACAACCUUUGAGGCGUUGGGAGCUUUCGUCAAAUAG